AUGUAAUUAUCUCCAUAAUCACAAACUAUAUUUCAAUCCUUAUUCAUUGAAAAAACUAAAGAUCAAAUUAAUAAUAUUCUUCAAUAUAGACUAUCUUAAGCAAAUAAAGCUAGAUAAAGGUUUGUAAAGAAUUAGAUUGAUAGACCAAAUACUUCGAUGGUUUAGUAACCAAAUGAAAUAGAUUUCUCUUAAAAUCAGUUUGAAAAGCAUAGAAAAAUUUCAAUGAAUGAUUCCUAACUAACUGUUGUAACCAUACGAAAACCAUAAAAAAUAAUGCAUACUAUAGAACUUAGCCCUUAAAUUAAACCAAUAACUUCAUUUCAUUCUUAAAGAAAAUAUAGGUAGUUAUAAAUGUGUGAAAAAUCAACUAAUCCAACACCUUAAGUUCAUAGUCAAGAAAAUGAAAAAUAAUUUUAUUUUAAACAAAAAUAAUAUCGAAAUAAAUUGUAAUUAAAGAAUAGUGAACAUAAUAAUAUAAAACUAAAAUAAUAUGCAAAAGAAUAGCGUUCAAAUAGCAAAGGAAUUUAAGAAUAUAUUAAAUAUUAAGAUGAAAUGGAUGAAUAUUUUAGAGACAAAUUAUUUUAACAAUAAAAAUAAUUGAUUGAAAAAAUUGAAAACUUUAAGAUAUCUACUAAAAAACUUGAUUAGUAAUUAGAACCAGUUGAUAAAAUAUUAGAGUUGAAACUUUAAAAAAUGAAAAAAAAACAAUAAUAAUAAUGA